CCUUUAAAGGUACUUUAGCUUCUAGUAAUGAUAGAUCUCUUGAAAACGAAAAUUCAAGUGAAUCAAAAGAAGUUAAGUUAGCACCCAUCGAUUCUGUUGAAGGAAAAAUGUUUAUUGGUGGUCUUGCUCCUUAUACUAAUGAAGCCAUUUUGAAGCAUGCUUUCGAAAAGUUUGGAGAAGUCAAUGAAUGUAUGGUGUUACGGGAACCGAUUACUAGGAAGCCUCGGGGCUUUGGAUUUAUAACUUUUAAGAAUCCCGAAAGUAUAGAAAAGGUUAUGCGUGCAAGUCGUAUUAUGGUAGAUGGCAGAGCGGUGGAUGCAAAACCGGCUGUUCCUAGACAAGAAGUGAACGCUGUCAAUGCGCAGAAGCACAAGAGAACUAAAAAAAUUUUUGUUGGCGGCCUUGCAGCGACCACUACAGAACUCCAGUUAAAAGAUCAUUUUUCUAAAUUUGGAGAUGUUCAGGAAGUGAUGAUCAUGUACGAUAGUUUUACGAAACGCUCUCGCGGAUUUGGAUUUGUCACGUUUCACAAAGAAGACGCCGUCGAGGCAGUCAUGAAGGAAGGCGGCGGCUGGCACCACGUGGAUGGCAAAGAGGUAGAAGUAAAGAGAGCCGUUCCCAAAACGCCGUUUCCUUCUCGCUUUCGAGAUGCGAGUCGAGCAGGGGACGUUGUGGGCGUGCGGGGUCGAACUGGAUUUAUGGAUCAUCGCACGAGAUCGCUGCGGCACGAACCCUAUUUGCGCCCUGUCGAUUUACGACGGGAUUAUCGGCUUUAUGAAAAUUACUUCUCCAGUUACGCUGAAUUUCCUUUAGAUUAUUACUACGGCUACCCCGCGGGGAGCAUUUACUAUGCAGAUCCUGAAAGAGGUUAUCCGUUUCUUCCGUGGGACGGCUAUAUGUAUUAAGUUUGCUUUAUAAAUACCCCAUAUUUAUUGUUAAACUGCUUUGGAAUGGGUUUAAAGA